ACACAUUUUCUUUAACCUGGGUCACUAUUCCAUCGUUCUUCACUUUGCUCCACACCACUUCUCAUUCCAAUGACCUUUACUCUGCGUCUCUUGGUUUUGUGUACUGUCUAUUCAUAUGUUAUCUCACAAUGUGAUGAUAAUGGAGUCAUUUAUACAAAUGGAGACAAGUGGAUCCGAAAUAAUCAUUUUUUGGUCACUUGUCGAGAUGGAAAUAUUCAGACUCUAAAAUGUGUAACCGACAGUGGUCAUUUACUAGAAGUCGGCUCCAAAAGCUAUGUGGAAAAUGGAUAUGAAUACAUGUGUGCACGUGAAGUUACGGAUAAUCUGAACACAAACACUUGCCCCACAUUCGCCGAUUUUUCCGAUGAUAUUUUCAAGGAUAGAUUCGCAAUUUGUUGUAUUUCAAGACGAUUUAAAGGAUGUGUUGAUGCAAAUGGAGAUAUUGUCAAGAGUGGAUUCUUUGUGAUUGGAAACAAAAGUUUGAAGUAUUGCAGGAUUCAGGCAAAUCAAUUACAGGCAAGGAUUGAGCCGAAAGGUUGCUUCAACGGAACAGAGAAAGACGAUGUAAAUGAUGAAGAAUUGCACAUUAAAAAAUAUGCAGUUUGGCGCGAAGGUGACAUUGAGUAUCGUUGUGGAGAUGAUGGAGUUCAUAUUCAAAGAUGCUUUCCGCCUGAACUCAAGAAAAAGGCUAUUUGGGCUGGAACGGCUUGGAUUCAAGAAGACGGACAAGUGAAGACGUGCGGAAAAAUAAAUUAAACUUUAUUGUUUCAAUUAAAAAUGUUUUGGAAUAAUAUGAUAAUGAUCUGUCAGUAAUUUACGAUUUAUCAGGUCGGCAGAUCGACAUUAUUUUUUCUUUAAAAAAAGUUUGACCUUUGAUAAUUAUAGCUAAAAAAAUAAAUAGUAGUUGACAUUUAUAGAUCUUCAGAGCUCAAAUUUGUAAUUGAAAAAUGACCUAGUCAUGUAC